UAAUAGAUUCAGAAAAUACAACACUUUAUCCAUUUCCAUAGGUCAGAGACGACUUUGCAAAGGCAAUAAUGGCCUCUGCAAUUCAUCCUCCUCCAUGCUCUUCAUCUUCCAUGCUGCUGCCUCCACUUCAUGGACGUUGUAGCUCGGGGAGGUUACUCUCGAUGAGUCCGCUACAUCGUCGAGUGGAAUAUAGGACAACGCUAAGGAGGAAAACGGCUGUCUGCCGGAGCAGUAGAGGUGACCCGAAAACUGGUUCUGGCUCUGCAGAACGACUUUAUCUCGGGAUGGACUUCGGCACCUCCGGGGCUAGAUUUGCUGUGAUCGACGAGCACGGCGUGAUUCGUGCCGAGGGGAAGAGGGAGUGCCCUGUCUACAUGAGUGAUGAGUCCAUGGACUGGGUUCGUUCAUGGAAAGUGACUCUUCUCUCACUACUUGAGGACAUUCCUCUCUAUCUCCGUCCGCUUAUCGCUUCUAUAUCGGUCGAUGGAACUUCUGCAACCACUAUGCUAAUUGAUGGCAACUCCGGGGAGAUGCUCGGAAGACCUUUGCUUUACAAUGAGAGUUGUGCUGAUGCAUUGCCAGAGGUGAAGUCCAUUGCUCCUGAGAACCACACGGUCUGCUCAGGUUCCUCGACCCUCUGCAAGCUCGUAUCUUGGUGGAACGUCAAUGACUCGAACAAACAAUCCGUGUUGCUGUUGCACCAAGCUGAUUGGUUGCUGUGGCUUCUGCACGGGAAGCUUGGAAUUUCUGACUACAACAACGCACUUAAGGUGGGCUAUGAUCCUGAAAUCGAGUCAUAUCCCGCCUGGCUGCUUUCUCAACCGUAUUCACGAGCUCUGCCUUCUGUCACGGCUCCUGGGACUCCGAUUGGCCCUUUAAAAGAGGACAUACUUUUGCAAUAUGGUUUCUCCAAGGACUGUGUAGUUUGUACUGGAACGACAGAUAGCAUAGCUGCGUUUCUUGCUGGAAGGGCUACAAAACCCGGAAAAGCUGUAACCUCAUUGGGAUCAACACUUGCUAUAAAGCUACUGAGCACCAGUAGGAUCGAAGAUGCACGAUAUGGGGUCUACAGUCACCGUCUCGAUGACAAGUGGCUUGUCGGUGGUGCUUCUAAUAUUGGCGGGGCAGUGCUCAGACAGAUUUUCACAGAUGAGCAGCUCGAGAAACUGAGCGAACAGAUCGAUCCCAUGGUAGCCUCUCCACUCGACUAUUACCCUCUGCAGACGACCGGUGAGAGGUUUCCAGUGGCAGAUCCAAACAUGGAACCAAAGCUGCAUCCGCGCCCGAAGAGUGAUGUGGAGUACUUGCAUGGCAUACUUGAGUCCAUUGCUCGAAUUGAGGCAAAAGCUUACAACUUGCUGAAGGAUCUCGGGGCAACACCAGUCGAGGAAGUGUUCACGGCAGGAGGGGGCGCAAAGAAUGAGAAGUGGAUAAAGAUACGGGAGAGGGUGCUCGGGGUGCCGGUGAGUCGGGCCCUGCAGACAGAGGCUGCUUAUGGUGCCGCUCUGCUCGCACUGCAGGGCUGGGGGAAGGACACUGUGGCAUCAGUGUAGCGGACGGUACAUUACUGUGAUUUCACUGCGACUUUUUGUUCGUGAAUCCAACAAUUUACAAGAGCUGUUCUGUUAUUCUUGUUAUUCAACUAGAGAAGUAUCUAACUUUGAUGUAAAAACCCGUAUCAUAGAUGCUGAAUGUGCCUUUGUUCUCAGCCAACACAUGCUCUAUAGUUAACACCACCAUUCUAGAGUCCCAAGGUGAAAGAGUGAGUAGGGUCCCUGCAGAUAGAGAUCAAUAAGGUCACCGUGUACCCAUUAGUCUCAGUCCAAAUCCUGAACCAUGCAUCCCACAACCCACGUCAUUAGGCCAUGGAAACAGCUGAGAGGAUGGCUGUGGCUUCAACUCGAGUUGAAAAGGACCAAUGGAGUGUCAAAGUUGUCUAUUAUUAUACAUGAGAAUGUGUUGCACGCCUUAUUC